CCGAGCGACUCACUCGGACGACUCACUCGGAGGAAGUGGGUAGCCUGUGUGUGUCCAUUCUCGGCAGAAUAUCACGAUGGCGAUCAGCCCGGCGCUUUAACCUGACUUAUGGACCUAUGAGAAACUCGAUGCCAUGAAUAUAUAUACCCUUCAACACUGAAUAUAUUUCUCCAUGUAUCAUUACAACACUACCUUCACCUAAUUAACCACCCGCCUGUUGUCUCCUAAGUCUCACUCGGAUCAAUGGCGCCUCCUGUAGCUUUCAAUUUUGAGGGAGAGGUAGCGAUCGUUACCGGCGCUGGCUCCCGCAUGCCAGGUGAAAUUGGCAAUGGGAGAGCGACUGCAAUUCUUCUCGCCCGCCAGGGUUGCAAAGUUGCUCUGGUUGACUUCAACGUUGAGUGGGCGCAAGAGACGAAGCGCAUGAUCGACGAAGAGGGUGGCAUCUCUGAGGUUAUCCAGGCAGAUGUCACCGACGAAGAGUCAUGCAAGAGUGCCGUGGAGAAGACUGUAGCAGUAUUCGGCUCUGUGGAUAUUCUCGUUAACAUUGUUGGGGUUGGAGGAGCCAUGGGCGAUUGCACUAAAAUCGACAUGGCUGCUUGGGACCGCGAUUUCCGCAUUAAUGUAACGAGCAUGGUACUUAUGAGUCGACACGUUGUUCCUGAGAUGCGCAAGAAGGGAAGAGGUUCGAUCGUCAAUAUGUCUUCUGUCAGCGGCCUCCUUGGCGGCAAUCCGAGCCUAUUAUAUCCUACCACCAAAGGUGCAAUCAUCCAAAUGACACGCGCAAUGGCCGCACAACAUGGGUCUGAAAACAUUCGUGUGAACUGCGUGUGUCCAGGGAUGGUGUUUACGCCAAUGGUGCGGGGAAGAGGCAUGACUGAUGAUAUGCGCCAGGCGCGGAUUAACCAAAACCUAAUGAAGCAAGAGGGCACAGGUUGGGAUGUGGGCUACGGAAUCCUGUUCUUGUGUAGUAAGGAGGCAAAAUGGAUUACAGGACUGAUAAUGCCAAUCGAUGGAGGGACAACGGCGGGAAAGGCAGACAGGCCAGCGCUGAAGGCCGAUGUGCUAGCAGAGAUUAAUACACAGAUACCCAACGGCAUAAACUAGAUGUUCUGUUGAUUUGCAGUACAGGCGAUGGAUGGAAAGGGGUAAAAAUAUUAUUGAUACCAAG